AUGUUGUUUUCAUCUGCCGUGUUUAUGUCAUUUCUGGAAAUGUCUGCACCAUCCAUUGACGAUGUCAUCGACAAGUUAGCUCAAGCUAGUGUAGAUACCAAGUUUGAGCUCAGUUUUAAAGGGAAAGGACUGAAACUAAACACAGCUGAAGAUGCCAAAGAAAUUGUGGAGGCCAUACAGAACUGCCCGCACAUGACAGCGCUAUGUUUGGAAGCAAACACACUGGGAGUGGAAGCAGCCGAAGAAAUCGCCAAAGCCUUACGAAAGCAUCCUGAGUUUGAGCGAGCACUGUGGAGUGAUAUGUUUACUGGCCGUUUGAAAACUGAAAUUCCCAACGCUCUUAAACAUUUGGGAGCCGCGGUAAUGGAAGCCAAUUGCCAUCUGGUGGAGAUAGAUCUCAGUGACAAUGCUUUUGGCCCCAAUGGUGUUGUGGGUCUGGUGGAUUUGCUGAAGAGCAAGAGCUGCUACAGUCUCAAGGAGCUGAAACUCAACAAUAAUGGCCUUGGCAUCACCGGCGGCAAGAUGCUCGCGGAAUGUCUGCUGGAGUGUCACAAGAGCAGUGUAGCAGCAGGGCAACCUCUCUCACUUCGUGUCUUCAUCUCUGGCAGAAACCGGCUAGAGAACGAUGGAGCUACUGCGCUGUCAGCUGCCUUCAAGGCCAUUGGAACACUAGAGUUUCUGGCGAUGCCUCAGAAUGGGAUUAACCACCCUGGGAUCUCUGCACUGGCCGAGGCCAUUGCUGUCAACAAAAACCUGAAACAUUUGAACCUCAAUGACAACACAUUUACUGCUAAAGGAGCAGAGGCCAUUGCCAGAGCAUUGCCCAAGUUGGAGAAGUUGGAGGUCAUCAAUUUUGGAGACUGUUUGAUUCGAACUGAAGGUGCUAAGGCUAUUGCUAAAGCAAUAAAAAAUAAUCAUCCCCAUUUACAAGAGUUAAUACUCAGUGGUAAUGAGAUAACUAAAGAAGGGGCCAUUAAUAUAGUGGAGAGUUUGGAAAACAAGAAAAAUCUGAGAAAGUUGGAUUUGAAUGCUAAUAACUUUGGAGAUGACGGAUGUGAAGAUAUAAAAGCAUUGGUGGAAGGUCUGGGAAAUGGUGAUGUCCUGGGCUCACUUAGUGAUGAUGAAGGUUGUGGGGAUGAUGACGAAGAGGAAGGAAGUGAAGAUGAGAACUCAGAGAAGGAAAGUGAUGAGGAAGUGAGCAUAGACAACAAGUCACCUGCCAAAGAGACAGCCACUAAACCUCCAGUUAAGGAGACCAUAAGCACACCAAUCAAACAGCUUGUCAGCAUCAAAGAUUUUCUAGCUUUUCCCUCCCCGACCAAGCUCCUACAGCUAGAUUACAGUAUAGACUCAAUCUUGAACGAGCUGGGGGAUGAUAAAACAGAUGUAGAUAAAGUUGUGGGAGCUUUAAUGAAGGUGGCGCUGGUAGUCAGCAAAGAUGAUGAGGCGAAACAGAAAGCAUGUCAGUGUGCAGACGGUUUACUCCAGUACUUGUUUAACCAAGUUGAGAAUGCAGACGCCAAAGUUGCUAAUGCCUUUCUGGUUCAGAUGGGACUCAUCAAGGGCGAGGACAAGAAAUUUGCAGCCCCCAAAAGCAUCACCGGUCCCUUGCUGGUUCUGGAACACGUGGUGAAGCAGACGUACUUUACAAAGGUUGCCAGGGAGAUAUUACUGAUGUUCUUUAUAAAGCCUCACCCGCUGAUGGAGAAGUCGUCAGAAGCCAGGCACAGGAUUCUGCAGACAUUACAUUCAGUUUAG